AUGAAAGCGCCGGAUACGCCUCUCUACACUGGUGCCGAAAUCUUCCCCGGCGGGCACGAGGGUCCUGCCGACAACACCGACUUCAACGACGACGAUGAGGACUACUCGGCCAGUAUUAAUGCAAUCAUCCAGCGGAAAGCAAGUGUUAAGAAACGGCGCGGCUACAAGGGUCACCGGCGUGCAUCGAGUCCGCUCAGCCAGAUGAUGGGACUGCCGGGUGGAGCCGAAUCGGCGGCCGGUGGGGACCGUCGGUCCGGCGGUGAUAGGCGUCGCUCGAGUAUCUACACGACGAGUUCGGGCGAAACGGGCAUCACGCUGCCGGAGGACUCGAUGCGGGGCGAAGAGUCGGCCGGCGGCCGGCAGGACAAACUGUUCGACACGAUCCGGCUCCACAAGGAGGUGCUGCAGACGGUGAAACUGCAGCCGAUCAGCAUGAAGCGCAAACUGAGGUUGGUCCAGCAGGCGAAGAGUUACAUCACCCGGCACGAGGGUGCCCUGCAGGAGCACUUCACCUCCCGGACGGCGCGCAGUCUGUUGGCACAGUUCAGCAUCUUCCUCACGACGAAAUGGCAACAGCUACUGCGUGAGUUGGCCAACCUGGCCACGUACCUUAUACCCUGGGAGUCGCGCAUCAAAGAGAUCGAGUCCCACUUCGGUUCGGUCGUCGCGUCGUACUUCACCUUCCUUCGGUGGCUCUUUUCGGUCAACAUCGUCAUCUCGGUGCUGCUCGUGGUGUUCAUUAUGGUACCGGAGGAGAUCUACGUCGACGCGGACAAGGCCAAGUGCGACAUCCGGAAGACGAUGUCGCGCCAGGAGCGGGCCCUGACGCGCAACUUCAGCACAAUCUGGGAGUUCGAGGGACCGCUCAAGUACUCGAUCCUUUUCUACGGCUACUACUCCACGUUCUCCGGUGCCAUCGCCUGGGGUUACAAUCUGCCGUUGGCUUACUUUUUCACCGGCCUGGUCGUGUACAUCUACAGCUUUGUCGCCACGCUGAAGAAAAUGGCGGAGAACUCGCGAAUGUCGAAGCUGUCGUCGAAAGACGAUGAGUACGUGUUCUCCUGGAAGCUGUUCACCGGGUGGGACUACAUGAUCGGCCACAUGGAGACGUCCCAGAACCGGAUGGCGUCCAUCAUUCUGGGCUUCAAGGAGGCCCUACUGGAAGAGGCGGAAAAGAAGAAGGACACCCAAAGCUGGAAGAUCAUUCUGCUGCGGAUUCUAGUCAACUUUCUCAUCCUGGGACUGCUGGUGAUCUCGGCGUACGAGGUCAUUCUGGUGGUGAAGCGCUCGAUGGACAUCACGGACACGGACUCGUGGUGGCGGCGCAACGAGAUCACCGUCGUGAUGUCACUGAUCUCAUUCUUCUUCCCGAUGAUCUUCGAGGCACUGGGCAUAAUGGAGUACUACCACCCGCGGAAGCAACUACGUAUCCAGCUGGCCCGCAUCAUGGUGCUGAAUAUGCUGAACCUCUACUCGCUGAUCUUCGCCCUGUUCGACAAGAUCGCUCACAUGACGGGCGAGCUGCGGCGGAUCAAACCGACCAACUUCACCACGUCCGCCGAGCUGUGCUUCGUGCCGGACACUAGCGAACGCUGGGGUGGGAUGAUGCUGCCCCCGGACGUUGGUGUUACCGGGGCCCCAGGGCACGACUCCGCCUCCCUCGCGAUGCUAGGUGCGUUGGGGGACGUGAAUCGUUCCGUGGCGGCCGGUUGCUACAAGGUGAUCGCCAACUGUACCAACACACUGCUGACGACCCUGCUGCUGACGAACCUGUCCACCGUCGCCAAUCCGGAGCUACCGGGAAGUACCGCGGCCACGUUUCCACCGACGACCAACCUACCAGCCACGACCGUGAGAAGUUACUACUACUCGUCGUUCGACGGGCGGUACGACUACGACGACGAGGGCAUGGCGGACUACCUGGAGCACCGGGCCCGGUUACUGCCGAACGAUAAACUGGACGGAGUGCCGAUCAACAAGCGUGAAGCGCCCCCGCCGAACGAUACGGAUCCGGUGUUUAGCCCAGACGCUUUCAGCGAUGACGUCAGCUCAACAACGAUCGACAGUUCUCUGGCGACGGCCACAGCUAGUGUGCCGGUGACGGACGGAAGCACUGAGGCGUUUCAAACGAUGACCUACACCGAGCUGUACAAGUAUGUGACCGACGGGAGGUACGACGAGUUCCUGGCGGCGUACUACUACUCCGAAGAGGACGACGAUGACGACGAUGCGGAGUAUGAAGCGAAUCAGUUUCUCACCUCGAAGGAACUACAGGACACCUUGUCCACGUCCACCGAGCGAUCGGUUUCUGUGCCGCCAACAACGGGAACCGUGACAACCGAGACAGACUACGAUGCUCAACCGUUGCCGGCGCUUACGACGGAUGCGAGCACCGCUUCCGUGGCUCCACCAAGCACAACGGUGUACGGCGAAGAUAGUGUGUCUACGGGUUCGGAUGAGCUCGGGACGACCACAGCAACGACCAGUUCCACCUCGGAGGAUGCACCUCCGAUCGUGACCACCGAAAGCGCUAGUCUCUGCUAUCGUUGGGUGUGCCCAGUGGCCGAUACCAUGGACGAGAAGGACAGCAAGUACCGGGACGCGGACAUACGGUCGCUCUGCUGGGAAACCAUGUUCGGGCAGGAGUUGGCCAAGCUAACCGUCAUGGAUUUGCUCGUCACCAUCGUGUCCACACUGAUCAUGGACGUUAUCCGGGCGCUCUUCGUGCGGUACAUGAACAACUGCUGGUGCUGGGAUCUGGAGAAGAAGUUUCCAAUGUACGGUGACUUCAAGAUCGCGGAAAACAUCCUGCAUUUGGUCAACAACCAGGGCAUGGUGUGGAUGGGUAUGUUCUUCUCCCCGGGGCUGGCCGUGCUCAACAUCGCCAAGCUGGUCGUCAUCCUUUACCUACGCUCCUGGACCGUGCUAACGUGCAACGUCCCGCACGAAGUCGUAUUCCGGGCGUCCCGUUCGAACAACUUCUACUUUGCGCUACUCCUGACGAUGCUCUUCCUGUGCGUUCUACCCGUGAGCUACGCGAUCGUGUUCCUCGAACCCUCCUGGCACUGUGGUCCGUUCUCGAACUCCAACCGGAUCUACCACCUGCUCACGAACGCCACCGAGCGAAUCGUGCCGGAAAUGAUCACCAAGUACAUCGUGUCACCGGCCGCCAUCAUCCCACUGCUCGUGCUCCUCAUUCUGAUCAUUUACUACCUCAUCUCGCUGACCGGAUCGCUGCGCGAAGCCAACCAAGAUCUGAAGCUGCAGCUGCGUAAGGAACGCACCGAAGAGCGGCGCAAAAUGUUCAAGAUCGCUUCCAGCACCCAGCAGCAGCAACAGCAACCCGGGAGCGGCGCGAACGGGCCCGGGAUCAACGGAUUGUCGAGUUCCUGGCACAAGGUGCUGGACUCUACGCAGCUGCGGCUCCAAUCGACCACCGACAAUGCAACCACCGACUCGGAGAACUCGGCCACCAAACAUAAGGAGCUGCUACAGCGCAUGAUGAAGCGGGCGCUUCAGAAGGAACAGUCCGUCGACGGGGUGGCCGAUCCCCCCGGAGGACCGCUCCUGCCGGUGGUCGGGACGGAGAACGAAAAACAACAGCGCACCCACAGGAAGCCCGAACCGGAAGCGGAAGUGUUCCGUUUCGAUGCGCGUACCGUCGAGCAGAUCCACCGGGCCGACCGACGAGUGGCGGUCGAGAAGGAUGAAGAUCGCACGGUGGAACAGGGGGUUGCGGGAGCAGGGAGCAAGAGCAAGUUCGAUAGGACGCGCCCCUCAACGGCGGAACGCUUCCGGAUGGCGGCCCGGGCGGAACGGCAGCGGAUGCAGAACCAAACGGCCGACUGGAUCGAACAGAUACCGGUCAUUACGAUUAGCAAAACUUCGAGCGACGAGUGCAUCAUCGACUCCGAUCCGGACCGGGGUGACGAGCGGGUCGAGCCGCCUCCGCCACCGCCAGCCCCUCCGAAGAAGGGCGCAAAGUGA